AUGAAAAUAUUUAGUUUCCUGUCGCGUUUUAUUCCUAACCGUAUUAUAAGUAUAAAUAAAUCCAAAAUGGAUAUUCUUCGUCAAUUUCAAAGUAUACCGUGGUGCAAACCAGACUGGUGCUAUCCAAGUAUGGGUAAAGAGAUGAAUGAUUUACUCAAACAGUGCAUUGAUUUGCCUCAAAUAAAAGUAAAUGAUGAUGUUGAUCAAAUAAUACAGAAAAGCCAGUCAUUUCCCAUACCAUUUCCAGUUAAUAAAACCAGAUUAGAACCAUUGAGGGAAAGAAAACCAAUUGAGAGGUUAAAAAGAAACAUUGUGUCAACAUAUCCAAUAAUUCAUGAACGAGUUCUGUUAUUGAUCACUCAUUUUCUUAUCUAUAAGAGGGAAUUUGGAUCUUCUAUAGAAAAAACAUUGUAUUGUAAUAUGACAGUGCCUGAGUUUAUUGAUAGACUGUUAAAGAAGCGCGCCGUUACAUUUAUGACUAAAAAGGACACAUAUAAACUGUUGACGGGAGAGACUGGAAACGGUGGUUGGGAACAAGUAGGUACACUGCAGCAAAAGCCACCGCUAGAGUUAGAGAACUGUUUGAGUUAUGAUGAAAUUAAAUUAAGUGCAAUGGUCUACGUUAGUGGAUACACAGAGUGUAUCAAUGAUGGGAAUCGGUACAAUCAGGGGAUUAUUAAUGAGAAAAAUGUAGAAGAGGACGCUGUAAUUAUUGGUCUCAUAGGCCCUCGAUUCGAUCGACCAGAAAGAAUGGAGUACGAAGAUAUAUUAAUAACUGAACAGCAGAAUACGUCAGAAAAUGGAUAUGGUGAAGAGGUGACACCGACGACUUGUCUCAACGUACUUAAAACAACAUAUGUGAAGAACAACCAGUCAGCUAAACAUAUGUGGAGGCAGAUUUGGUCGGAGUUCUAUCAGGUUCACAGCUACACCUACCAGGAGCUGACCUCAUACGUCAAUAUUACAGACAAAGCCGAAGAUAAAAAAUAUCUUGAACGAUAUGUUAAGACAUCUCGGGGUAUUUUUGACAAUGAGGUAUACUACAAGCGGGUCAGUGUGUUAGCCGAGAGCUCCUUGUUUGAGGCCGAAUGGAGAGGUCGAGACGCGGAUCGUAUGGCGUUUUUAAAUGUUAUUGGAUGUGGUCUAGGCGUUUGGAAGAUGAGUCCGCACCAGAAUGACGUUUAUAUUUUGACAUUUUUGGAGCGAAUACGUGCAUUUUUGAAGAAGGAUUUGCUAAAUCACGUCUCAGAUGUCAAUUUUUCAUAUAUUAAACCUAGUAAGCCGAUAUUAGAUCUAUUCAGUAACAAAUCAUCCCCGCGCGAUUCACCAACAGAGAAACGGAUAUUCUUUGAAUGCAAGCGGCAUCCCAGUGGCGGCAUAAAUGUGCAAUUAGAACAGCGUGAGCCAUCCGCCAAGUUGAAAGGCGAACACGAGGGCAAACUGCUGGUUAUGACCUACCCUUGGGAUGGGAAUGCUCAUCCUGGGAACGAAUUCUGGUUAGGCAGCCUACAAGGGUCAGGCGAUCCUGCUGCAGCGUGCUCAACCCAAAUAGCAGAAUUACACAAUGCUCACAUAAAUCCCGCGGUGUCAGGCCUUAACACCCGUGUAGUUGGCAGGCAUGGCUUGAAAACGUUAUCAGAAUAUUGUGCUGACUUAACUACUUAG